CUCAAAAUAUCAUUCGGUCAGAUGAAGAUCAUGAUAAAAACCCAAAGAUUUCAGUAAAGGACGACACUGAACUCAAUCUCUUCACUGUGAACAUGACUGAGCUGAGAGCAGAGAAUGCUGGGAAAUACUGGUGUGCAGUGAGAGACGUGUUUAACCUUCCCCUUGAGCUCAUGAUCAUCAUGAAGGACGCGGUCAUUCAUGAAGCGUCUGUCGGAGGAUCAGCGUCCAUCAGCUGUAAACACAUCAGGAAUCAAACACAGAAGCUUUUCUGCAGAGGAGAUCAGCCCAAUAUCUGCAUCAGAGACGGAGCUCGUGUUUCAUCAAAUAAGAGAAUAAACGGCAGAUUCUCUCUGACUGAAGAAACCUCUGCUGGAGUCUUUACUGUGAAGAUCAGCGAUCUGAGAGAAGAGGAUGCUGGGAAAUACUGGUGUGCAGAGGAGAGCUCUGGGUCCUUCAUAUUCACUGAAGUUCAGCUACACGUGACCAGAGAGAUGACGACAUCUGACACCAAAAGAGAAACAUCCCAGGAAAAGCCUGAAAUUACCUCAUCUGAAACUAAAAAGGAAACCGUCCAGGAAACAGAAAAGCCUGAAAUGACCUCGUCUGGCAUCGAAAAGGAAACCGUCCAGGAAACAGAAAAGCCUGAUUCCUUCUGUCAGCGUCUAUAAUCAUGAAGAGUCUCUCAGUGAUGCUACAGUCUCCUCUUUGACCUUCUCACUGGUACCAUUUCAUAAAUAUCUGGGGCCUCAUGUAUAAAACGUUACGUAGAUUUCAUCCUAAAUGUGUGGGUAUGCACAAAAGCUAGAUUUUGCUUACGUACAAAAGUUUUCAGAUUUAUAAAACCAUGCAUACGCCAGAACCUACAAAAAAUUCCCUUUGUAAUACCCAGUCAGCGGGAGAUUGUGCGUACAUGCAUCUCCACCCCGUCUCCUCCCUGAAAUAGGCAUAUAUGGAGCGUACAACGCCUAGUUUUAAUAUGCAUAACGUCAUCUGCAUAGGCCUUAUUAUCUGAAGAAUAAAUAACUGCCUGACUCACCGUGUCAUUAACAAAACAUUUUGAAAAUAUAACGUGCAUAUCUUAGAGUUUCCUUCAAAUUCUAUCUUUUAAAUAUGGCGUUUGUCAGAACACUGGGAAGAGCAUGAAAGGGGUUAUCAUUAGACUGCUGUCUGUGUGCGACACCCCAGAGGUUCUGCUGUAACUGUCAUCAGACUUGUUCAAACCAGCAGUGGACUGUUUGAUCAACGACCGCAUCCUUCUGUCUUUCUUUACCGUCUAUGUUCCAAAGCCAUCAGAUGAGUCAAGUUCUCAUCAGUGAUCAUUAUUCACGCAGAAGUGUUUUCUCAGAACAUGAGUUUUGCUAUUUAGAACACAAUUUAAAGCAGAAUUGUCAUAUGCUAAGCGAUCCUCGCUUUGAAUAAAAAAUUAAAAUCGUUUGAAAGCAGCACAUCCACUGCAAAUAUUUCUGUUGAAAUUCAUAUGCAAACGUUGUAAUGACUGGAUAAUAAUUUCAUGAAAUUUCAGUGCUUAACUUCAUUAUUCAGAGUGUCAUAUUUCAUCUAAAUUUGUGUCAAAUGUAAAACAGACAUUAAAAGCAUUUUGUUUUCGCUCACUCCAAUAAAAGAGUGUGUACGCAUGGUCUAGACUCUAGAGUGUCCGUAUGGUGUACACAUAUUUACACCUAGUUUAUUUUUUAUAAAUCCCGAUAUGUGCGUGGAAGAUUGUGUCCACACAAAAUGGGCAUGAAAAUGUGCAUACGCAAAUACAUCAGGCUCCUGGUGUCAGAUAUCACAGUUAGAUUUUUGCUUUUAUAUCUAAAGAUUUUGUUUUAAAUCUUGUCAUGUUACAGAAAAACUGCAAAAAAAUAAAUAAAAAAUAAAAAAUAAUAAUAAUUAAGGUACUGAGCAGCUGUUAACACCCACAGGUCACUGUUGGGAAAAAGCUGAAAUAUUUCGUUAAGUGACUGUUUUGAUUGUACAGCUUUCUAGAAUGAAAACUUUGGCUUCCUGUGCUGAAAGAUGUGAGGAAGCUACAAUGUUUAAGUGUUUUAGUUUGUUUGUUUGUAACCUAAAUGUGUUUCUUUAAUUUGUAAAAUGUGUGCAAGAAAAUAUUUGGAAUGGUGGACAUUUUCUUUUAAUAAAUGAA